UUUCCGCUGCGGAAGCCGCUGCUGCAUGUAAACAAAGCGGACCGCAGCCGCCGCUCCAGCGGACAGACCUCCGCCUUUUGUUCCGCCGUGCAGUGGCCAAAGUCGGCCUUUGUGUGAGGAGAGUCCGAGCGGACGGUGUGACCCAUGGAGCCCCGCUGUGACUGAACCAGAGCCGGCAGGAUGUCGAUGGAGGAUCCCUUCUUCGUCGUUAAAGGGGAGGUGCAGAAGGCGGUAAACUCCGCCCAGAGCCUCCAUCACAGAUGGAGCGAGCUGCUGCAGGAAGGGGGCGGAGCCUCCAAAGAGGAGAUGGACUGGACGACCAAUGAGCUGAGGAACAGCCUGCGCUCCAUCGAGUGGGACCUGGAGGACCUGGACGAGACCAUCAGUAUCGUGGAGUCGAACCCAAAGAAGUUCAACCUGGACGCGUCGGAGCUGUCGAAGAGGAAAGCCUUCAUCACCAGCACCAGACAGACGGUGAAGGACAUGAAGGAGCAGAUGUCGAGUCCAGCCGCCGCCGCCGCCGACAGGAAGAACAAACAGGCUCUGCUGGGAGAUGGCGGCGCUCCGGCUCCCAUCUGGCAGCCCGGACCUGAUAAGUACAGCCGUCUGGACCGACAGCUGCAGAACGCCAACUCCCAGUUUAUAGACGAACAGCAGACGCAGCAGCAGCUGAUCGCGGAGCAGCAGGACGAGCAGCUGGAGCUGGUGUCGGGAACCAUCGGCGUGUUGAAGAACAUGUCAGAGCGAAUCGGGAUGGAGCUGGACGAACAGGCGGUGAUGUUGGACGACUUCGGCCACGAGAUGGACAACACACAGUCCAGACUGGACAACGUCAUGAAGAAACUGGCCAAAGUGUCCCACAUGACCAGCGAUCGUCGACAGUGGUGCGCUAUCGGGGUGCUGCUCGCCAUCCUCUUCGUCGUCAUCCUCCUCUUCUUCAUCCUCUGAUCGAUGCCUCGUCGUGACGGCACAGAACAUGUCUUAAUCCUGCAUCAACUGGACUCUGCUGGACUCUACCGGUCUCUACAGGACUCUAACGAACUCUACUGGUCUCUAGUGGACUCUACAGGACUCUACCGGUCUCUACAGGACUCUAACGAACUCUACUGGUCUCUAGUGGACUCUACAGGACUCUACCGGUCUCUACAGGACUCUAACGAACUCUACUGGUCUCUAGUGGACUCUACAGGACUCUACUGGUCUCUACAGGACUCUAACGAACUCUACGGUCUCUAGUGGACUUUACAGGACUCUACUGGUCUUUACAGGACUCUAACGAACUCUACUGGUCUCUAGCGGACUCUACAGGACUCUACUGGUCUCUUGUGGACUCUGCCGGUCUCUGGUGGAGUAUACUGGACUCUACAGGACUCUACUGGCCUCUAACGAACUCUACUGGUCUGUAGUGGACUCUACUGGUCUCUAUUGGACUCUACAGGACUGUACAGGUUUCUAACGAACUCUAUUGGUCUCUAGUGGACUCUGGUGGAUUAUACUGGACUCUACUGGGCUCCACUGGUCUCUACUGGACUCUAAUGGACUUCAGUAAACUCUACUGGACUCUGCUGGUCUCAACCAGACUCUACUGGUCUCUACCGGACUCUACUGGCCUCUACAGGACUGUACAGGUCUCUGUCAAACUCUACUGGUCUCUGGUGGAUUAUACUGGACUUUACCUGACUCUACUGGUCUCUACUGGACUCUAAUGGACUUUAGUGAACUCUACCGGACUCUACUGGACUCUGCUGGUCUCUACUGGAUUCUGCUGGUCUCUAGUGGACUCUACUGGUCUCUACUGGACUCUGCUGGACUCUUGUGGAUGAACCUACUCAGUAAAGAUGGACCAGAUGUGGGUCCAGUGAAGUCCUGGUUCAGAUCAGGUCACAUGACACUGAGGGAGUGAAGCAUCAUGGGAACAAGGUUUAACAUCCAAAUGGUUUAUUUAAUCCUAGACCUGAACAGACACAUCAGUCCACCUUAAACCAGUCCACCUUAAGUCUGCCUGUUUCAGGUCUGGUUUAGUGACACUUCAGUCCUGACACUAAACAUGAACUCAGGUUCAACUUUCCCACUUCAACUCAAAUUUAAUCCUGGUUUAUUUCUAGGAUUUAAUCCCAGUUUAAUCCCAGUUUACUGGUGUUCAGUCAUCUUUUAUUUUCAGUUUAAACCUGGUUUAAAUCCAGGGUUCAAAACCUGUUUAGCUCUGGUUUAAUCCUAGUUUACUUCUAAUCCAGUUUAACUACGUUUUAAACUACCAAUCCUGGUUUAAUUCAAAUACAAUCAAUUCAACCGUUGGAUUAAAUCCAGUCUAGUCCGGUUUAAAUCCUACUUUAAACCUGGGUCAGUGUCAGAAUAAACUGAGUUUUGGUCUAGUUUAACCCUGGAUUAACUCCAGUGGAAUUUAGUUUUUUCUUCACUUGGAAGUUCACUGGACAGAAUGCACGGGUUACUGGACUCUACUGGACU